GUGUAUGAGUGUGUGUGUGUGUGUGUGUGUGUGUGUGUGUGUUAUGUGUGUAUGAGCACCACACCUCCUGGUGCUGUGAGGCAGCAGCAGGUUUAGUGCAGCAGUGUAGAUCAGCUCCAGAACUCUGCAGGAUGUUCAGGAUGGAGUUCAGGACGGUGUGUCUCCUGAUCGGAAUGAUCCUGAUCCAGGUCUCGGAGCAGCAGAGCGCUCCUAAAAAGAAACCCAUCAUUAAAAAAGUGUUGGAGGGGGUGAGCAGCAGUGUGGUAGAGGAGCUGCAGAAGCAGAUUAAUGAUAUCGUGGCGGAGAUGAAUCUGCUGAAGGAGAAGCAGGCCCUGCAGACAGUGUGUCUGCGGGGGAAGAAGAUCCAGGGGAAGUGUCUCCUGGCCGACCCGCAGCAGAAGAGCUACCACACGGCCAGCGAGGACUGCAUCGCUAAGGGCGGGACCCUGAGUGCGCCCCUCAGUGGCCUGGAGAACGAGCAGCUGACCCAGUACGUUCGGGAGAGUCUGGGUCCGGACACACGGGUCUGGCUCGGCCUGAACGACAUGCGGUCGGAGGGGGCGUGGGUGGACCUGGCCGGCACCGCAGUGACCUACAGGAACUGGGAGGCCUCGUCCCGUCCCCCGCAGCCGGACGGGGGGACAGCGGAGAACUGCGCCGCCCUGUCGGCCUCGGCCGGGGGGAAGUGGUCGGAUGAGAGCUGCCGGCUGGAGAGAGCGUCCGUCUGCGAGUUUAAGAUCGUCUGAGAGUCGGAGAUUCACCUCCCCCCGAUCCUCCUGCCGUCCUUUACUGUCCUACUGUCCUAUCUAGGGCUUCAACUAAUGAUUAUUUUGGUAGUCGACUAAUCUGAUAAUUAUUUUUCCGAUUAGUCGAUUAGUCAACUAUUAUUUCUGCCAUGUCCUCCACCUCUAAAAACAACAGAAAAACAGCUGAACAUGAAACAUGAAGGCAUUUAAAUGUCCACAUGUAGUUUAAAUGUUUAAAGUGCUGAUAAUUAGUGAAUAAAUAUGUAAUAUGUUGUGUUAAAUUUGUAGUCGUCAAAUUUAAAUAAUCGACAUUGUCGAUUAUAUCGACUUAUCGUUGCAGCCCUAGUCCUAUCACUGCUCAGCACAGGCCUUCCAGCAGCCUGCCGCCUCGGCCAAUCACAGACCCUCACUCUGUGGAGCUUUUGGCCAGAACUGAGAGUUUAUAUUUAUACAUUUUUGCUCUGUAAUAUGUUUAAGUGUUUAAUUAUACAAUGUUUUUUUUUCCAAGAUUGUGACCCAUAAAUACUGUAUACUCCAUAUAUUUAAAAAAUAGAUAAUGGAAACCAAAUUUAACAAAUGAAAAAAAAAAAUUAGAUUUGCUCUUUAAUAAAUUGAGGAAAAUUAUUCAGUAUUACAUAUCUGUAAAUACAUUAGAGCUUGGUGUUUAAUUUUCCCCAUAUAGAAAAACUCCUCAGAGAUCUGUUCUGGAUUCUGUCUAAAGUUAGUGUUAAAUUAGUUUAGAUUAUGAAUAUUUAUCAGAUAUUCUCUGUUAUACAGUAGUUCAGAUGUUCCUCCACCUGCUGGAUUAAACGCUACAGGCUUUUCCUCUUCAGCUCUUCAGCUAUUGAUCAAUAAAGAUGAUUUACGAGCGCUGGA